UAGCUAUGAAUAAAGUGCAAUAAUAUCAGCAGCUCUCUGUAAUAAUGAUCAUUUCAGUGGUGAUGUGAAAGAGGGGAGCAGGAGGACCCUGGGGACGGAAAGUUGACCAUUUGUGCGCGAGACCCAACAUUCCUCUCGACACCAUAAAACUCCACGUUAAAAUGAAACGAAUCAGCUGUUCACCUGCGUGAGUUUGGCCCAAACCCGUCAAUUCAUUCAUCAUCAAAAGCGGCGGGUGACGUCACGGACCCUACCUCUUCAUACGCGACCUGUGACACGCUGCGUGCGGCUGCCUCUCGCGCUCAGGCUUUCAUCGGCAUCUCCGCUCGCGCAGGUUUUCUUCUUUACUAAGAGUCGAUUUUAUUAUUUUAGAAAUAAGCUCUAUAGUGUUUUACCACCUGGAGGAAACCCGAAGGAAGCGUUAAAAACUCGUUGAGUUUCUCUUCUUUGGAAUUUGGACUUCUUGAAUAUUUUUGUUUACUUCCCCAAACAAACACCCAGCUGAAAUGUCUCGAGACCCGGACGACGUAAACAAGCUCACUGAGAGCACCUAUAAGAAUGUCAUGGAGCAAUUCAACCCAGGACUGCGCAAUCUUGUAAAUCUGGGGAAGAACUAUGAAAAAUCAGUAACUGCGAUGACGCUUGCUGGAAAGACGUAUUUUGAUGCUGUUUCAAAGAUUGGAGAGAACGCUGCUGUGUCACCAGUCUCCAGAGAGCUGGGGGUGGUCCUGGUGGAGAUUUCUGACAUGCACAAGAAGGUUCAGAUGGAGCUGGAGGAGUCUUUCAAAAGGUUCCAUAGAGAUCUAAUCGCAGAACUGGAGAGGAAAACGGAUAUGGACGUCAAAUACAUGAACGCCACAUUCAAAAGAUAUCAGUCAGAACAUAAACUGAGGCAAGAUUCACUGGACAAAACACACGCAGAUCUGAAGAAAUUGCGGCGAAAAAGCCAGGGAAAGCAUUCCAGCAAGUACGACAUGAAGCAAAAUGAGUAUAUGGAGACGAUUUCCUCGCGGCAGACAGACAUGCAAAAGUUCAUAGCAGAAGGCUGCAGGGAGGCACUGCUGGAGGAGAAGAGGAGGUUCUGUUUCCUGGUGGACAAACACUGCACCUUCUCCUAUCAGAUGGCAGAGUUUCAUGACAAAGCGAAGGAGAUUCUGUCCCUGAAGCUGCCCAGCUGGCAAAGCAAGUGCAGUGAUGCCCUUCAGGUGCCAGACACCAUAAUAACCAUGAUUGAGGGUAUGCACACCCCGAUCUCCAACACACCCAAGUCUUCACCUCUCUUGGAGCAUUAUAACAGGAAUUCUGACCCCAUGGUUCCUCCUCCAGCCCCACCACUGAAGGCUCAGACCAGUCCACUGGCAAAUAUGUUCUUACAGGAGAUUCCCAGAAGCCCUGUGUCCCCAGAGCCUUACUCAGCAGACCAAGACAGUCUCGAUGGCAUGUCCAGAUCCACAUCUGUGUCCAGUGAUAUGCACAUAAUAAAGAAGCCACGAGUGCAGACCAUUUUCCCACAUACGGCAGGCAACAACGAGUCCCUCCUCAGCUUCGACGAUGGAGAAAUAAUCACUUUGCUGAUUCAGGAAGAGAGGGAUGGUUGGAUCUAUGGGGAACUGGAUAGAAAUGGGCAAAAAGGCUGGUUUCCAUCGUCAUAUUGCAGACCUUACAGCGAGUCUGUGAUGACAAAACUCAUGAAUGUGGCAGAUCUCACUAAGCAGUCUGAAGAGGAUGAGGAGGAGGAUGAGGAGGAAGAGCAACCUGUGUUUCUGCCUCCCCCUGACUAUGGUGACUCAUUCAGGAAGCCCUCCACCCCCUCAACACAGAGCACGGCGUCAUUGUCCAAUGGCACAUCAAAGCCUCCAUUUCUUGGAGGUGGGAAUCCCUUUUCCACGGUCAGGCUGCGGCCCACAGUAACAAACGACAGAUCGGCACCAGUCAUUUAAUGCUGUCUAGUAUGAUCCUUGAUGUCAAUUUGGCCUUCACUUUCAUUUUGGUUCUUCAUUUGCAUCUUUAUCGGCUGCAGUUUUAAAAUUAAAAGGGCUUAAUCAUAAAUGCUUUAUAUUUUAAUUGCACAAGCCCAUGUUAACAUAUGGAAUUGCAUGGAUUUUAAUGAUCACGUUUACGUUUUUCAUUUAAUUUAGGUUCCACUGAAUUCCUUUAUACAAAAGCCUAAAGUGUUUUCUUAUGUUCUAUCAAUAUAACACAUUGUUUGACCAUAUUGGUCUUUGUAGCUGUUAAACCGUGGCCGUUCUUAGUAAACCUGUCUAGAAUUGUUUGUUGGAAGCCGCAUCUUGUUCAAGAGCAAGUUUAAAUAUGUACUGCAGAAUAUCACAAUUUAAGUAGAAUGGUAUAUACAAUAUACAAUAUUCUUUCUGUAUGGUAUGUAGUAACAUCGGUUCCUGUUAACUUUGUGUUGUAUUUAAAAAAAAAUACAAAUUUUCUAAUAUGUUUAGUGUCUUCACGUUGGAACGAGGUAACUAUAAAAGCACAUUUAUGUAACACAGUGGUGUAUUUCUCUCAACUUAAAAGGGAAUCAUGCUUGGUGUUGACUGUGUACCAGGGAAAACAUCAGCGUAGUUCAAUAUACAAUGUAAAAAAAACGUGUUCAGUCUGUGAUGUGUAGUUAGGCCAAUGUAUUCUUAUAUUAAUUUAACAAAUGUCAUUUUUAUAGGGAAUGGUAUUAAUCAUUGUUGGAUAUUUUAUUUUCCUCUAGUUUUAACAUUAUUGGGGUCCCUUUUUUAUUCUGUUCUGUUGUUGAUUUAUUUGUGCCAUUUUCUGUCAAGCAGUACUGGAAUAAAGGAUAGGUUUUCAUAUGA